AUGGCAAACAGCUUUACAAAUACUUUCCUCCUUUUCACGAUUCUCAUCGUUCUACUUCCUGUCGAAACUUAUGCCUUUGGAGCUGGAGACAUCCCUGACUUUGCUUACCUCAAUGAGAAAGCUUUCCGCCAUGGAGACAUCGAAAACAUCUUGGAGACGUUGGUUAAAUCCGCUGGAGGCGCAGCGAUGGCGUCCCAUGGGUCGGGUCUUUUGGGGAAACUCGCCUCGACUGUGAUCAACCAUGCCACUGGAGGAUCGAAAUUCACUAAAAGUGACAUCAAAAAAGUUUACUUCGGAAAUUGGCUCAGAGAUUAUUCUCAGGCUAUGGAUAUUGCUGGUUUGAGCAAACUGUCUGCUGAUACAUUGGUCCUCGUUGUUUCUAUUCUUGGAUUUAUGACUUUUGGGUUCGCUUCUCAAGAAUUUGAAGUCACUGCAGAUCGUCUCGGAGUUUAUCUUCCUGUGGAACAUAUCGAUAAUCCUAAGGGCUAUGCCGAGACUGAAGGAGAUGCACGAAAAUAUCACCCGAAACUCCGUCCACCUGUUGAUCCUCGUGAGCUUGAAAUUGACGAAAGAACUGGAAUGAAAAAAUAUAUGGCUACAGAGGAUCAAGGAUGGGAUACAUCGACUGCUUUCAUCCGUCGAACUCUCAAAUCCUGCAUCGAGCACGGACGUCGCGCGGGCGGAAAUGAAAAUGCCGACCUCUGGGAAGCAUACCGCCUUCUCGGCACCGGUCUUCACACUUUGGAAGAUCUACUUGCCCACAGUAAUUGGUGUGAACUGGCUCUUCGAAAAAUGGGCCACAAUCAAGUUUUUUGCCAUGUUGGUGAUCAAGUUACUGUCAAUACUCCAAAUGGACAUGCACCUCCUCUCGUAACGGGGACUUUUGGAAGCGCCGAUUUUUUGCACUCCUUAUUAGGAGAAGCAGGAGACAAAUUGAGUCAGGCAAGCGUCACUGACCUUUCUCAAAAGAUCGAUAAUGCUGCCCAAAGCGGUAACGAAUCCAAGAUUAUCGCCCUUAAGAACAUUCUGAGCAAGUUUGGUGGUGGAAACGAUGACAAACUUAACCAAGGGGAGAAAAUUCAACAGGAAACAAAGGCGUUCGAUUUCAAUCCAGAUAGUAUUGCCUCUCCUGAAAUCCAAAAGAAACUUUUGGAUUUGUUGAGAUGGCGUGAUGACGUUAUGAGAGACAUUAUUAAGAAGAUCGAGAUGGUUCCUGGUCUCUCCAAUUUGCUCGAAGAAUUAUCCAAUGCUAUGAAUGAGUAUGUCUAUACCGUUCUGGCACCAUAUCUCGGGCCAAUCUUGACUCAGGCAACAGCAGUCCUCGAUGAAGGUAGCAAAGCUGUAAUCGACAACGACGAUCAGUAUGAGGUGUUCAACAACCCCAGAGCGCAUGAUCCUUCGCAUAGUCUUCUCUCUAAGGAUCACUUUGGUCUGAUCCUUAACGAGCCCGCUGGAAAGAUCGCUCAGAUCGUUGUUGAAAAUACCGUCAACCUCAUUGUCCAGGCCUGGGGAAACAACGACAACCCUGACCACACUCUAGAUCGAAUCCUUGAGGCCUUCCAUCAUCCAUAUUAUGCGUCUGGUCGAUCUGAAAUCCAGAACAAAAUGUACGACCACAUGGAACGUUGGAUCAAUGGACUUGGUAGAGACUCGCGUGAGAUUCUCGACUGUUUGACCAAGGAAAGUGUCCGUAACCACAAAAACAAACGACCCGGUUUAGAUAAUACGGUGGAAGCUGGUUAUGGUAGCUGUGGCCAUGGAACCAAGCCAAUCCACAAGCCCGCAGUUGCAGUAGCAGGUGGUGCUGCAGCGGGUUACGCAGCAUCUAACACUUACGGUCAACAAGCCCACGGCCGCCCCUCCCAUGCCGAUUCAUCAUAUGGACAAAACACGUCGUAUAACCAAACACAGCAGCAACAGAGUAGUCCUUAUCGCAGAAACGACUCCUCAAAUGCGUACGGAGCGUCCAUAGGUGGCUAUGGGUCUCAACGUCGAAAUGACGAAGAUGAUCCAUAUGGAGGAUCUCAGAGACAAGAUAGUCAUGGGGGAUUUGGUGGUCAACGCCGUAACGAUACGGCAGGAUAUGGAGGUCGUCGAGAUGAUAUUUACAAUCAAACAGCUUAUGGAAGUCAGAGUCGUAGGGACGACGAUGACGGUCGUUUAGGGGGUUCGCAAGGUUAUGGUCGUCAAAACCGUAGGAACGAGGACGAGGAACGUGGAGGAAACAGUCAAGGUUAUGGACAUCAAGUACGCAGGGAUGAUGAUGAUACUCGACGUGGAGGCGGUCAAGGUUAUCAAGCACGUAGGGAUGAUGAUGAUGACCGUCGCGGAGGUGGACGAGGUUAUGGGCAUCAAGCACGCAGGGAUGACGACAACGACCGACGGGGAGGUAGUUCGGGUUAUGAUCAUCUCGCCCGCAGGGAUGAUGACAAUGACCGGCGCGGAGGUGGUCAAGGGUAUGGCUAUCAGGCUCGCAGAGAUGAUGAGGACGACCGACGUGGGGGAGGACAAGUGUACAGUGCUCAAUUCGAUAGACCAAGCUACGGUCAGACAGCCUAUGGACAAGAUUCUCGGCCUCACAAGUCAGGACGUGAUCGUGAUUCGGACAGUGACGAUGACAAGAAGCACAGAAAAAACCAGCCUCAAGCUAGCUAUGGAGGUUAUGGUCGUCACAAAAAUGACUCGGACGACGAGCAGAAGAGCCACGGCGGGCACAGGCAAGCCGCCUACGGACAAACUCAGCAACAAGAAUACGGAGGAUACCAACAAUCUGGAUAUGCGCCAAGUUACGGUAGGCAGCCACAAGGUCAUGGCCAGGGUUCAUCAGGAUAUGCACCGAGCUACGGAGGGCGCAAUGACACUUUUGGUGCUGAGAAUCUUCAUAUUGGGGGCGGUCGAAACCGCCGAGGAGGUGACAGUGAUUCAGAUGACGACAAGAGAAAGAGACAUGGAGGUAGACACGGGGGCUACUGA